AUGAAGAAAGAUGAUCGAGUCCGUGGGCCAUUGAAUGUAGUUGAAAUUGAAGAAAGCAAGACUGAAAUGAUCAAAGAGACACAGAGAAGAUAUUUUGCAGAAGAGUAUGAUAAACUUAGUAAGAAUCAGAAAGUAGGAAUUUCCAGCAAACUGAUCAAACUGAAUCCAAGAUUAGACACCGAAGGGGUGAUGAGAAGUGACAGUAGAUUAAAGUACUCUGAAUUUCUUCCAUGUGACACUAAAUAUCCUGUGUUACUACCCAGAAAGAGUCCAGUUACAGAGUUAAUUGUGAAAGAUGCCCAUGAAAAGAACAAUCAUAGCGGAACAAACCAAACACUCUCUGAUCUGUCAGUGAAAUACUGGAUUGUAGCUGCUAGAGAACAAAUAAGAGACUGGAAAAGCAAGUGUUCUGAAUGCAAACGAAGGAAAGGCCAUCCAAAGGAUCAAAUCAUGGCACCUUUACCUAAAGUGAGAACAAAAGUAACCAUGCGUGCAUUUAGUAAUGUCGCAGUAGACUUUGGUGGUCCUUACAUUACAAUCCAGGGAAGGGGAACAAGACGAGCAAGGGAUACCUCUGUCUAUUUACAUGCUUAUCAACACGGGCAGUGCACCUAG